AUGGCCUGCCAACCCAGUAAGGAUAUGUUGACGAAAGGAGACAUGAAUUCACUUGGAAGCGUACAACAAUCAUUGACAGCGAGUGGCGAUUUCGUACCAAUGAUCGAUCGUGCACUAACAGCGGAAAGAUUUCCCGACUGCGCUACACCCGCCCCUACUUCUCAUGAAGGCUGCGAAUGUACAAAGAAAAAAGGUCAACAUUUACUUCUAUUGAUUCCAUUAUUAUUAUUAUUAUUAUUAUUAUUAUUAUUAUUAUUAUUAUUAUUAUUAUUAUUAUUAUUAUUAUUAUUAUUAUUAUUAUUAUUAUUAUUAUUAUUAUUAUUAUUAUUAAUUAGAGCCGCUAUCAAUAAGCUAUGUAUAGCACCACGGAUUUCACUUUCGAACUUGGACCCAAUAAAAUCGUACUACUCGCAGCGAACCUCUGCUAGUCCAUAA